AUGCACUAAUAAAAUACUAGCGUUAAUAUAAAAUCAUACUCAAAAAAUUUAGAUAAUAAUAAAUAAAAAUAAAUUUGGUUUUUUAGCAAGAAUGAAUAAUUUUAAGAAAACCAUUUUUUUAAUUCAGAUUUAGUAAAAAAAUUGCUAGAUUAUGAGUGGUCAAAUAAUGUCUUAAAUUUACACAAUAUCAAGAGAUCCCUUCUUCUUAUUUACAAAGAAUUCGAAUAUGAAUACUAUAAAAUGGAGGAUUAUGAAAGAGUUAAGCAAGAAACAAAUCAAAUUUCUAAUGAAGCAAUUAAAGUAUUGAUAAAAAUUUUGAAAAAUAAAGGAAUUAGAAUGCUUGCUUAUGAUUCUACUGUGCCAGAAAUAUACAAUUAAAUUGCAUAGAUUUCAGAAAUGUUUUUAUGCAUCUUAUAUCAAGCUAAGAUCUUAGAAUGCUAUAAGUUAUGCAUCUUUUAAUCAAGCAAUUCAACAUAAAUAGAUUAAUUAAUGCAAAAUGAAAUUGAAUAAAGUUUUUUACAGUAGCAAUUUAUUAAAAUAUUUCAAGAAAAUGGAAUAGUUCCAACUCACAUAACAUUUUAUUGCAUUGAAAAAAUUAAAUUAGAAAAUGCAGUUUAAUAUUUUUUAUAUUUUGAUGUGGUUGAAUAGUAAAUUGCCAAUUUGUUUCUUUAAAAAUCUUUAAGUUUUGGUAGAAGAUUAUUUGAUUGUUAUCAUAAAUAAUAAGAAACUAUAAUUCAAAAGAUCAUAAAUUUUGCUAUUUUCGAUUAAUAGGUUUUUUUCAGUUUAGCACAAAGAUAAUCUCCUGAAGGACAAAAUGAAUAAAUUGUAUACAAGAUAGCAGGAAUAUGGCCUGAUAACAUAGAUGAAGUGAUGUCUGCAAAGAUAAAUGAGCUUUUUUUAGACUAUGGGAAUUAAUCAAGUGAAGAUUUGAAAAAUAAUUUUUCAAUCUAAAUAAGUAAAGACACAAAAAAUCUAAAAGAAUAAGAUUAUAUUGAAAUCGAUACAAAAGAAUAUAAAUACUCUGUUAAGCUGUAGGUUUCAUAAAAUACUUAGUUUAGAUACUAUUCUUAAAACCUCUGCUAAAAUUAGCUAGAUUUUAGGUGUUUAUAGCCAUCUACAAUACAAAUUAUUCUAGAAUAAUUAUUCAAUCCAUCUUAUUUUGAAGUCCCAUCAAAUUAAAGUGGGUCAUUCAUUAGCUCAUAAUAAAGUUAUUUCAAAGAAUUUUUGGAUCAAUUCUAAUAAAGUUCAAAUAGAUAAAAUCCCACAUAAGUUAUUAAUGAAAAUAGAAGUUUUUUUCAAAUCAAUAAUGAUAUUUUAUAAUGUGUGCUUUAUAUUGUGAAACUUUUUGGGUUAUAGGAUUUAGAAAGCAUAAAUAUAAAUAAAAAAAAGCAAAAUAAUGAAAUAACUAAAGAGGAGCUAGAUGAAUACUAUACAAAUAAAAAGUAUGAAUUUAUUGAUUUUAAUAAUUGUAGAUUAAAGUAUUGCUUGUCUAUUUUCUAUGAAACCUUUUCUGAUUUACCAGUUAUUACAGACUAAGAGCUAUCAAAUAAAUUGUAAUAGUAGUAAGAGAUAGAUAAGAAAAAUUUUAUAGAAAACUAAUCUUUAUAAAAAAGUAAAAAAAAAAAGUUUCAUAAAGACAGAAGAAUAAAGUAGAUAGAAUUAAUAAAAAAUGUAUGUUUAAGUAGCUCCAAAGAAUUGUACUUUUUACAAGAAUACAAUGAAAUUGAGAAUGUACUGAAAUAAAAUUAAAAAUAUUAAAAUUUGUAAUAAGAUGAGUUUAAGCUCAUUUAAAAUAUUUUUAUUCACAUCUUUAGCAUUUAAAAAUGUAAAAAUCUAAUUUGGUGUAAAAAGAUAACACUUCAGGGUUUUAAUGGAUAGAAACCUGAUCAGGGUUAAGUAUCUGAAAGAACCAUGUAGUUUUUUUUAUCUUAAACAAAUGAUGUUUAAUACUAAAACUUAGAUCACUAAAUAUAAAUUUUUAAAUAUAAAUUUAAUGCUGAAAACGAUAGCUGUUAUAUCUACUUUGAUAUUAAAUCAAAACAAUUAGUGAAGCACAUUAAUUCAAUGAUCCAAAAAAAUUAAAUUCAAACCAAUAUAUCUUUAUUAGGAAUAAAAACAAUAAUUCCAAUAAGAUAUCUCAAAUAGUAAAAAAAUGAAAUUAUUAACCAAAUAAAACCAGAAGAUUAAACAAGAUUUAGCAUAACUUACUAUACUAAUCCUGUAUUUUACUACGUUAAAGAUAAAAAAAAGUAAGUUUAUUGCUAAAUUAUUGGUGAGAGGCAUGGAAAUAAGCUUUUAAACUAAAAAAGUGAGAUAAAAAAUGAUUAAUGCAUAACAUUCAUGGAGGAGCAUUCUCACUUAUAAGGAGAUACAAGCUACCUACGAGAUUUAAUCGAACAUCUAAAUAGAAAGCAUUAUGAUCAAGGGAGAAGCUAAAGUAAAAAUCCUUAAUUUGCGAGAAGCAUUCUUUAUUCCCCAGAAUAAAAUAAUCAUAUCAGUGAAUUUUAAUUACUUCAUACAUAAGAAAUCUAAGGUUAAAUAAAGCUUUUAAAGUACUAUAUUAAACCAAUCAUUAAAGAUCUCACUUCAUCCUAUAAAUUUUACGAGUUCAAUAGCCAAGACAUAUAUGAUCCUGAUUGGUGGCUAACUGGGUGGCCACUUUUAUAUAGAAGUGUUUUUGAUAUGGGAGAUGAUUAAGGGUAUUUUAUUUUUAGCGAUGAUCCCAAUUAUAUCUUAUAGCAAAGGCAAAAAGAGAAAAAGAGCAAUGAAGAAAUAGAAAAUCCAUUUUAUUUUUAUGUUUGCUCCAUAGAUCCUAGGUUUGAUAACUUUUAGCUAAUUGAAUCGAAUCACUAUGCUAAGAUCCCAAGUUAUUACUGUAGAAUAAGAUGUAUCAUAUUUUCAUAAAGAUAAAAUAGUUGUUCAAUAUUUUGA